UUUCUGAAAAGCUAAGAAUUUAUUAGGCAUUUUUCUCAUUAAUGUUAUAAUAUAAAUUCAAUCAAUCUGUACCUAGUUCAGUAUCUACUUGGUUUCAUACUUGCCUAGAACUAAUCUGGAGUUCAAAAUGAUGAUUAGAGCAUUUACCCUUCUCUUCGUUGUUGCCUAUGCUAGUGCAGGGCUCAGUCAUAUUUCCUUAAGUCAAGGGGGUGGCGGUGAAGGAGGUGGGGGACAUGGACAUCAUAUUGUUGAACUUUAUACUAUUCCGCAUUACAAAUACAAAUAUGCAGUACACGAUUCACACCAUCAUGACAUACACGAGCAGCAUGAGGAACGAUAUGGAGACAAAGUAAAGGGAGAGUACUCUCUACAUGAGCCCGAUGGUACUAUUCGAGUGGUCAAAUAUGAAGCUGAUCAUAAAAACGGAUUUAAUGCUCAUGUUGAGAGGAAAGGACACGCAGAGCAUCCCCAUAUUGAACAUCAUUACCAUCAUCACGAUUAAGCAUAACUAAGGCCUACACAAUUUUUCAACAUCACCCUUCAUCUGCAUUGCCACAUUUAGUGUUAAGUACUUAUGUUCAUAUUUUUCUCGUCUGUUGUUCAUCCCCAUAAACUAGCAUAAAUAGUUAUUGAUAUUUGUUUGUUGAUACAUUGUAAAUAAAUAAAUGCAAAUGUGAAUAAUUCACCAAA